CACCCCAGAGACGACCAAUAGUAAUCAGUACCUCGUGACAGUCAACAGUACCUCGUGGUUUCCAUUUGCGGUGGGGGCGGGGAGGACCUGCUCCAGCGGAGGAAACAGUUAGCCGAGGUACGGAUGCCAGGGCUUUCUCUCUACACCCACGGAAGGGUUCGGUGGGUAGACUUCUCAGAACAGCUCUCGCAGAGACAAUUAAAUAACCUAUAAUCUGAGAACACAAGUAACAGGUCCCAAACAGUCCCCAAACCUUCGCGUUUUUGCUCACUAACGAGAGGCGCCCAGCUUCGCUGCAGCUUCCCUGGCGGCGCAGACACCUGGAUAAUCAAGGUAUGGGGCCCACCUGGCUCAACCAGUACGGGUGAUAGUUCUCCCUCGUUGGUAUCUUCUUCACCUCGGGCAAAUUCACUUAGAAAUCAGUUCUCGCAUCGCAAAGGCCGCGAUGGCCUUUUGUCCAGAUCAUCGAAGGGGAUUUGUGCCGACCUUCGUGUGUGGAAAUUUUCCUCACACGGAAAGGCCUCGGCGGGGGCGCGAGACACCAGCCACGGUCGGACGUGCGCGGCGGGCGGGCGGCGCAGCGCGGGGAGCGGCGGCGGAGCGGGCUCCGGGCCGCCUAUUUAGGGCGUGGCGGCGGCAAGGGGCUGCUGGGCUGCGCUUAUGGCUGCCCUGGGGGACGCGGCGCUGGGCCGUCCCAGGUACUCGGCGUGCGUCCCUUACUCAAUCCCGUAUCCCUGUCCGCCGGCCGCCAAGGGCAAGGGCGCGGCGGGCGGGGGCUGCCCUCCCGCCGCCGCCUCCUCGUCUUCCUCUGCCGGGGCGGCCUCGUCGUCUUUCCCGGGCUAUGCGCAGCUGACGGCCGCCGAGUACUUCGACAGCUACCAGCGGGCGCAGCUCAUGGCGCUCCUGUCGCAGGUGAGCCCGGGCUUCGCCCCGCGGCCGCGCAGGGCCAGCAGCCGCGACGUGGCCGUGCAGGUGAACCCGCGCCGCGACGUCUCGGUGCAGUGCUCGCUGGGGCGGCGCACGCUGCUGCGCAGGGCCCGCCGCUCCGGCCCCGAGGGCUCGGCAGGCGCGGGCGGCGGCGGCUCGGCGUCCCCGCAGCCGGCCCGCCGGGGCCCGGAGCAGGGCAGCCCCCCGCGCGGCGCCCCGCGGCCCGUGCGCUUCCCGCGCACCGUUGCCGUGUACUCGCCGGUGGCCUGCCGCCGCCUCACCACCUACCUGGAAGGGGCCGAGCCCGCGACCGGCGAGCAGAGGUCCGGGGCGCCGGAGGGAGAGCGAGGGCCACCACCCCCGCAGCCCCGAGGCCCCGAGGAGGGAGACAUGCUGGCGAGGAGGGCGCCCCAACGGCUGCUGUCCGAGGAGGACGAGGACGAGGAGAAGGAGGAGGAGGAGGACGAGGCCCAGGCCGCCGUGCUGGCGAGCUGGGAGCCGGUCGACGGGCCGGGGCUGCAGCCGCGGGGGGCUCGGGGCGGUGAGGCGGCCCAGGGGCGCGCGCCCGGGCGUGCAGAGCAUCCCCCGCCGGCGGGGAGGACCCAGGACGCCGCGGGCGAGAGGUUGUCGCCGCGGAGCCCAGAGCCGGGCAAGGAGCGCCUGCGCUUCCAGUUCUUAGAGCAGAAGUAUGGCUAUUAUCACUGCAAGGACUGCAAAAUCCGGUGGGAAAGUGCCUACGUGUGGUGUGUGCAGGGCACCAACAAGGUUUACUUUAAGCAGUUUUGCAGAACUUGUCAGAAGUCUUAUAACCCCUACCGAGUGGAGGAUAUCACCUGUCAAAGCUGUAAACAGACUAGAUGCUCCUGCCCAGUAAAACUUCGCCAUGUUGACCCUAAGAGGCCCCAUCGUCAGGACUUGUGUGGGAGAUGCAAAGGCAAACGCCUGUCGUGUGACAGCACUUUCAGCUUCAAAUAUAUCAUUUAAGUGGAUGUUUAAAAAAAAAUUCCUGGUGGAUAUGUGCUAGUGGAGCAGACGAAUUAGCUUUUUUCAUGCCCUUCCUCUCCCUUCUCAAAAUAUUUCAUGGAAGGCUGUACUUUUGACAAAGCCUUUAAAUAAAAGUAUUGCAAAACAAUUGAUAAAUCGCCUAAAACCUUAUGUUUUUGAAAAGUCCAGGAGAGCUUGUGUUGUGCUUGCUGCUUUACCUUAUUUAAUAUUCAUUAGAAGGGCUCAGAGGUGUGGGGUUUAUGGCUUAUGUGGGUCUUUUGGACUGGAGCUUACAAAUAAGUUAUUGAUUAACAAACCAUCUAAUAACCAAAAUAAGCUUUCUUCUGGGGAAGGAGGAGGCAGAGACCUGCUUGGUGUA